CCAAAAACAAUCAAUUUCAGAAAUUAAAACUCAAAAUCUCUCUUUAAGAAUACCUCAAAACCUCUCAUCAAGAAUACCGCAAGCUAGAAACUCUAACUAAAUUUUGCAUCCAUAACAGAUGAUUAAACCAACUUCUAUAUAUGUAUUCAAGAAAGAUACCCCACUACCAUUCCCACUAUCAACACCUCUGCUGCACCACCCCCUUAUUAGUGUGUAAACAACAUCAUGUCCGUUAUAUAUAACAACAGCACAUCCCCACAACCAAAUUAAAAAAGUGGAGUACUAAAAGAGAGUUCUCUUGUUAAAAAGUCCAUUGUAACAACACCCCCUUAUUAGUUUUCUUAGCUUAUUCUCUUUCAUUAAUAAGCCAGUAGCCUGACCACCAUUUUUUGCUUCACUCAACAACCAACAUAUAUCCUCCUCUUUAAUACUAUAUUGACAAUUAAGAAAAAUAUAUUUUUGUGAACCUUUUUAAAUACACACCAAUAUCCCAACACUAACCAACCAAAAUAUAUACUACAUAAAUCCCCUUGUCUUCUUGAUCAUCUUGAUAUAUACUUGGAGAGCUUCUCAAUCUCCAAAGACCAAAAAAAAAAAAAACUAUGUUGAAGAAAAGAGGCAUUGCUAUUUGGUCAAUAUUUUUUAUACUUUUUGUUAGUUUUGAUACAAAUUCAGCACAGAAUAUUAGCAGAAACAAUUUUCCAAAAGGAUUUGUAUUUGGUACUGCUUCUUCUGCUUAUCAGUUUGAAGGAGCUGUGAAGGAGGAUGGAAGAGGUCAAACUAUAUGGGACAAAUUUUCUCAUUCGUUUGGUAAAGUAAUUGAUUUUAGCAACGGCGAUGUAGCCGUGGAUCAUUAUCAUCGGUACCCGGAAGAUAUACAGCUUAUGAAGGAUAUGGGAAUGGAUGCCUAUAGAUUUUCUAUUGCUUGGGCCAGAAUUUUCCCUAAGGGAGCUGGUGAAAUCAAUCAGGCUGGAGUUGUUCACUACAAUAAGUUGAUCAAUGCUCUACUAGCUAAUGGAAUUCAACCAUAUGUAACACUAUAUCAUUGGGACCUUCCUCAAGCUCUACAAGACAAGUACAAUGGAUGGCUUAGCCCACAAAUCAUAAAAGAUUUUGCGAUGUACGCGGAGACGUGCUUCGAGAAAUUUGGUGAUAGGGUGAAGAACUGGAUCACUAUCAAUGAGCCUCAUACUGUUGCCAUCCAAGGCUUUGAUGUAGGGCUACAAGCACCCGGGCGAUGUUCCAUCCUCCUACGAGCUUUUUGCAGGGCUGGAAACUCUGCAACUGAGCCUUACAUUGUUACUCACAAUCUACUCCUUGCUCACGCCACUGUUGUUGACAUUUACAAAAAGAAGUACAAGCCAAUGCAACAUGGAUCAAUUGGGAUAUCACUAGAUACCUUUUGGUAUGAGCCUUUGACAAAUUCCAAAGAUGACAUUGAAGCAACAAAAAGGGCCAUUGAGUUUAAUCUAGACUGGUUUCUUGAGCCUGUGAUGCUUGGAAGAUAUCCAAGUUCAAUGGUAGAUAGAGUGGGAAGCCGGUUGCCAAAAUUUUCUCCAGCUGAGUCUGCUCUUGUGAAAGGUUCCUAUGAUUUUAUAGGCAUAAAUCACUAUACUACAUGGUAUGCUAGCAAGAAUAAGACCAACAUAAUUGGUGUUCUUCUCAAUGACUCAGUUGCAGACUCUGGUGCCAUUACCCUCCCAUUUAAAGGUUUGAAGCCAAUAGCAGACAGGGCAAGUUCAAUAUGGUUGUACAUAGUGCCGCAGGGUAUUAGAAGCUUAAUGAAUUACAUCAAGCAAAAGUAUGGGAACCCUCUAAUCAUAAUCACUGAAAAUGGAAUGGAUGAUUCAAAUAAUGUAUUUACAUCUCGACAAGACACUCUCAAGGAUACAAAAAGGAUCAGCUAUCACAAGGACUAUCUUACUAACCUGCUAGCUGCUAUCAAAGAAGAUGGCUGCAAUGUGAAAGGAUACUUUGUGUGGUCUCUGAUGGAUAACUGGGAAUGGGCAGCUGGAUUUUCUUCGAGGUUUGGUCUUUAUUAUGUGGAUUACAAGGACAACCUCAGGAGAUAUCCCAAGGAUUCCGUGAACUGGUUCAAGAAUUUCCUGGGCUCUGCUUAAGUGAUACAUGUUACUUACAAGCACCAUAUAUACAUAGGUUCCACACGUGAAAGACAUAAUGCAGUGUAUACAAAUAUUUUUUCAUUCACAGUACCUUAAUGUCAUUCAAUUGAGUUCA